CUUUAGAAAGGGCUAUCCUGCAUCCGGAAAGGGAGGGGCCUGUGUCCAGCCCGGAAAUGGUCGCUGUUUAGUGCUGUCGGGAUUCGAGUCACGAAUUCGAGGACGCCCAUUGUUAGUACAUUAGGCGAGGUGACGCUGUUGCCAUGGUGCUGCGGCUGCUGUUUAACCUGCUCAAUAACCCGCAGAUGAUCGAGAAGCUGUCCGAGUCCCGGCUGGUGCGCAGGGCGGCGCAGAUCACGGCCUUUGCGGUGAUGAAGGCCCAGCUGUCCGGCAAGGAGGCGGCCCAGCGGGUGCUGCGCUCGGACACGGUGCGGCAGAUCCGCCAGGAGGCGGCCUCAGGGGCGGGAGGAGGGCAGCUGGGACACCGGCUACAGAGAGUUCGGAACUCCUUCAUCAGAGAGCUGCGAAACGGCAUGCAGGAGGCCAAGAGGCAGAUCAAGAAAGGGGACAGCAAGUGACCUGCCAUGGCCACCAACAUGGGGGACAUUGUCUGGAGAGUGACCUGCCAUGGCCACCAACAUGGGGGACAGUGUCUGGAGAGUUACCUGCCAUGGCCACCAACAUGGGGGACAUUGUGUGUAGAGUGACCUGCCAUGGCCACCAACAUGGGGGACAUUGUGUGUAGAGUGACCUGCCAUGGCCACCAACAUGGGGGACAUUGUGUGUAGAGUGACCUGCCAUGGCCACCAACAUGGGGGACAUUGUCUGGAGAGUGACCUGCCAUGGCCACCAACAUGGGGGACAGUGUCUGGAGAGUGACCUGCCAUGGCCACCAACAUGGGGGACAUUGUCUGGAGAGUGACCUGCCAUGGCCACCAACAUGGGGGACAUUGUGUAGGUUAUGACAUACCAUGGCCACCAACAUGGGGGACUUUGUCUGGGGAGUGACCUGCCAUGGCAACCAACAUGGGUACAUUGUCUGGAGAGUGACCUUGACACCUUUACUAUGCCAUUUAUCUUAAGUAAUAUGUAAGGCCUUACUGAUUGUAAUACUAAAUGAAUAAAACAUUAUAUUAAUGUGAUGAUCAAUGUGACAAUCAAUAAAAGCCAGGUUGGAGGUGCCAGUAUUAUAAGACAAGGCUAGGGGAUUCCUGGUCUUGUAAUUGUACUGUCUCCUUCUUUUCCUGGAUUGAAAACGACAAUUAAGAGUUUGAAAGUAAUUGGAAUA